AUAUAGUUCGCCUUCACUGUCUCCAUUAAAUUGUUGUCUGUCUUUCUCUGCCUUUUCGUUCUCUCUUAAAUGGUUUUGAUCUUCCAACCACAUCUUCCACAAACCCCUUUUCUCUGGGUUCUUCGCAAGAAAAUUUAAUCAAAAAAGGUCUCUCCUUUUCGUGUCCUUGUCUUCUUCGCCAUGCAUUUUCCCUGGAAGAAAUCCAAAUCCAAAUCGGGUCGGAUCUCCAGAUUCAUGUCGGACCUCCAACAGUCUCCCAAACGCGGCGGAUCUCUCGUCGUCGAGACUGGCUUCCCUACUUCUCUCAUCGAUCUCUUCGUUAAGAAUCGCGAUCGUCUCAAACCGCGACACAAACCGCUCCGCUCCGACACGACCGUUCCGACACAAAUCGCUCCCACACGACCGCGUGUUUUGUCUCCGCCUCUUCCUCAGAAGCUUGAUCCAGAGGAUCUCGCGACGAGUGCGAUGGAUGAAAGUUUGGUCGAUGGCAGUGGCUUAGCAACAACGGAGAAAAGGCACGGCGGUGAUAACAGCAACGAAGACGGCGGAAACGGCGGUGAUCGCGGCGGAGGAUGUUGCGUUUUGGCGGUGUGUGUGGUUAAGGUCUUCGCGGUGGCUGUGCUCGCCUUGAGCACGAGAAAGCUAGCCGGUUGGAUCACUAUCUCCGCGUUCGCCCUCCUCUUCCUCGAGCUCGCGGUGGCGCGUGUAUUCACGCAGCUCAUAGGGAAAAAGAAGAAGCGUGAAGAGAAGGUAGAAGAAUCAUCGAUGCAAGAGAGAAAGAACAACAAUGUCUCUUUUGAAAUCAUCGAAAGCUUUCAAGACUCGGUAGAUUGCAUUCAGGAAGUUCAACUUCCUCCGGAGGAAAGAGAAGUGGUGUUGAUAAAGGAGAAGAUUAGAAGCGGCAAGCUUAAGUCCAAGAUUGUGAAUAAGUUGAGGAGUUAUAAGAAGAAGAAGAAGAAGAAAGUAAAACAAGAAGCGGAAGGAGUGGAGGUAGUUGAAGAAGCUGAAGUGUCAAGUUUGUAUUCUGAGGAUACAAUCGGAAGCCAAGUAUCUGAGAGAGAUGAGACUGGUUUGAAUCCACCAUUGCUGGAGAGCUGUGAAGAGGUUAGAGAAGAAGGUGAAGAAUAUGGAUCGAAAGGGGAUGCAACAAAAAUGAUUUUUCUGAUCUCAAACCAGUCUCUGAACACACACAAACAAACAAAAGCACAUUUGUUGUGUGGUUUCGUGGCAGUGGUGGGACCUGCGGUUCGCCGUGUUGACGGUGUUGACGAUAGUGUGGUUGUUGGGUGGUUGGCAGUUCGAAGCUAUACAAUUGUUUGCUUAAGAAACUGUGUAGUUUUGUAACAUAGAAUAUUGUUGUUGUUAUUAAUAUGGUGGUCAAAGAGUCAAAAUUGUUGUUUACUGGGAAAAAGGAGUAUCAUAAAAGAUUGGUAGCUUGUUAAUAAUGAAAUGCAGAGCAUUAAGGUUUGUAUCGACCAAAAAAAAAACAAAACACACUACCUGUGAAAGAGUUUUGUCAGUUUA